AUGACCAAUACUGAAGAUUCCGGUGCUGAAAAUGCCGUCCCUCCUCAGAAAUUUAUAUUCUUUUCCGACCAAAUUAUUACGUUUUGUGCUGAUUUUGGCCAAAUGGCUAUUGAAAAUUUCACAGCCUCCAGCCUACAAGUUGAGCUUGAUGAUCUAGAGAGGCGUUGGCGUCAGCUUGCUCAUGUUUAUGAUGACGAAAUGACUUCAUCCGAUUCCAAUUUGUCAAAAGAAGCCAAAGGGGCGAUGCAUGGCAAGUUUUCAGAAUGUUGUCGAUCGUAUAAGGAAUGCAAAUCCUCAAUUCUCGACCUGAUUCAGAUCGAACAACAAAAACUUUUGGGUUCAGUGUCAAAAUCUAAGGAAGAAAAUAAAGUUGCAAGCAAUGACACAAGUUUUUCGUUAAAGAUACCUGCGUGUGAUACGGAGGUCUUCAGUGGUGGAUACGAUAACUGGCCAAGUUUCAGGGAUAUGUUCACUGCUAUAUAUUCCAAUCAUCAAAAAUUAUCUCCAGCACAAAAAUUGUUUCAUUUGCGAGCCAAAACUAGAGGCGAAGCAAGCUUAAUAGUCAAGAGAUUUCCGUUAACCGAUAAUAAUUUUGAGUUGGCAUGGGAAGCCCUUCGCCAGCGAUAUGAGAAUAAGCGUAUUCUCAUAAAUCAUCAACUUAGAAAGAUUUUCGAAAUUGACCAUAUUUCAAAUGAAAAAGGCAAAACAUUACGGAAUCUCCAAUAUACCAUUAAUAAUUGUCUCUCAGUUCUGCGAACUUAUAGUGUUUCGGUUAUUUCCUGGGAUCCUAUUCUGGUUUAUUGGGUUUCCUCCAAGUUACCAGAGGAAACGUUGACUGCUUGGGAGAAUUCACUUUCCAAUCAUAAAGAAAUGCCAUCCUGGGACCAAUUAGAUUCUUUCCUAACCAAACGGUUGUACAUGAUAGAGUCGAUUUCGGAUAUGAAAACACCAAAAUCCCAUUCAACUUAUUCCCAAAAGACCAACAAUUACAACUCUUCCACUGAUUCUCCGCAUAAGGCAUGUAAAGUAUGCCAACAAUCCCAUCAUCUAAGGUCAUGUUCCACUUUCAAAUCUUGGUCACAUUCGGAAAAACGUAAAUUUGUUUUCGACAGCAAAAUCUGUGAAAACUGUUUAUCAUAUGGCCAUAUCUCGAAAAAAUGUAAGAGCCAACAUGUUUGUCAAACCUGCAAACAAAAACAUCACACUUUGUUACACCCUAAUGAGGGUUCCUCUGUUUCAAAACCCGCGGGUUCUCAACCCAAUUCAAAAUGGCAGGCACCUAAGUCUGCAUCCGCAUACCACGUCGAAACCUACUACGACGAACCGCCCACAACACCCGCUGAAGCUUAUGCAGAUACCUCGUAUGUUCAAUCCAAUUUUGCUCAAUCAGGAGAAAAAACUGUUCUGCCCACCGCAUUGAUCGACCUUGAGCACCAAGGUAUACUAUUCACAAUUCGUGCAUUCAUUGACCAAGGUUCGCAGGAAUCAUUUGUUUCAAGCCGUGUGAUAACACGCUUUAAAAUACCAACCAAGAAAUCCUUUACAACUAUUUCUGGCCUUGGCGGCACACUCCUUGAAAAUUCAUCCAGAAUGUGUGAAUUAACCCUAAAAUCUAGAAGAUCAGAAUUUAAGAUUACCGCAUCUGCCAUUGUCGUUUCUAGUUUAAAUCAGUUGAUGCCAUCAUCUAUUAAUGCAAUAGACGAUUUCACGAAGUUAUCAGGCCUAGAGCUAGCCGAUCCAAACUUUUUCAAACCAGCUCCUAUCGACAUGUUGAUCGGUAGUGAUAUCUUACCAACUAUUAUCAAACCUGGAUUGGAAAAGAAUAUUUCAGGAAAUUUGUUAGCGCAAGACACCGAAUUUGGGUGGAUCGUUAGUGGGAAACCCAAACCACGAUCUGUUGUUUCAUUUGCUUCUUGGACGGUCACGGUAGAUCCUUUGAAUGAAGAGUUAAGAAAAUUCUGGGAAAUUGAGAAUGUUUCAAACGAAAACUGUCUUUCCGAAUCUGAUCUUUGGUGCGAAGAGUUUUACAAAGAUACUGUUUAUCGAAGAAAUGAUGGCAAAUAUGUUGUUCGUUUACCUUUUAAACAGAAUCUGCCAUCUACCCAGUACCUUGGGUCUUCUAGACGUGCUGCAAUGGGCCAAUUUCUGAGGAUGGAAAAGACACUUGAUAAGGAUCCUAACCUUGCUUCGGAAUACAACAAAGUUCUUUCCGAGUACAUUUCCUUAGGUCACAUGAGACCAACCAACAGUUUCGAAAUCGUUGACAAUUCAAAAUUCCUUUCAUUUUACUUGCCACACCAUGCAGUAGUGAAGCCUGAGCGAACCUCCACGAAAGUAAGAGUUGUCUUUAAUGCCUCAAAAAGAACUGACAGUGGUUUUUCAUUAAAUGACAUGCUCUACACUGGUCCAACUUUACAAAAUGAGUUAAUGAAUGUUGUUUUACGUUGGAGAUUAUAUAAAUAUGUUUUCAAUGGCGACAUUCAAAAAAUGUACCGCCAAAUUUUCGUUCAUGAAGAUGAUCAGCAAUACCAGCGAAUUCUGUUUCGAACUUCUCCAGUGGAGAAAGUUCAAGAUUUUUGUUUACAAACCGUUACCUUCGGGGUAAAUUGUGCACCAUAUUUGGCAAUUCGAACAUUGCUUCAAUUAAGUGAUGACAGCAGAGAAUCACACCCAUCCGCAUCUUCUAUUCUGAGGAAUCAAAUUUAUGUUGACGACAUAUUAUCUGGAGCCCAUUCUUUAAUCGAGGCAACAUCAUACCUUCACGAGAUGAUUGAUUUGUUAAGUUCCGCAGGAUUUCCACUAAAAAAGAUUACCUCGAAUCACCCGCAAAUUAUUAAAAACAUUCAACCAGAUGAUCUUCUUAGCGAAGACUUUUUAAAAAUCGAUGAUGUUAGUGAAACCAAAACUCUGGGCAUUCAGUGGAAUGCCAUUUCCGAUUACUUCUUCUACAAUGUGACACACAUCGAUUUACCAACCGAAUCUGUUACAAAGCGAAAAAUUUUAUCCAUUGUUGCCAAGUUGUUUGACCCAGCUGGAUGGCUAACCCCAAUUAUUUGUCGCCAAACUUUUGAUGCAACAAUUGUGGAUUGA